AUGACCGGCCAACUCGUCUGGUUCGUCACUGGCUGCUCCUCAGGCCUCGGUGAGGCCCUAGUACGAGCCAUUCUUGCAAAGGGCGACAAAGUCAUAGCCACAGCCCGAGCAAACAAGGGCAUCAGCGGAGUGAACCGUCUAUCCGCACUCCAGCAAGCAGGCGCCGCAGUCCUCGAACUCGACAUAAACUCCUCCGAACACAAGCUCGCGGAAAUAGCAGCUGAGGCAUGGCAGAUAUACGGUCAUAUAGACGUAGUUGUCAACAAUGCAGGCUACAUGGAUGUUGGAAUCACAGAACAAUAUGACACACAACAUCUCACAAACAUCCUCCGCACAAACGUCUUCGGACCUAUCAGUCUAUCCCGCGCCUUUCUUCCUCUAAUGCGCGCCCGGAAGACAGGCACCCUCCUCUUCGAAGGCGCAGCCUCACUCUACACAACCGUACCAGGUGCAUCAAGCUACGCAGGCUCGAAGGGGCUAUUAGAAGGCAUUGUCCAAAAGAUGGCGGGCGAGAUCGAACCAUUUGGAAUCCGAACGUCCUUGUUGAUAUUUGGACAUUUCCGGACAGGAAUAUUUUCGCCGGAAAAUCUCAAAUACAGUAUGCCGAAUCAAUUACCCGACUAUAUGGAAUUGGAAGGGCUCAUUGGAGAUAUUUGUAAUGCGUCGCAUGGGACGCAGGCCGGGGAUCCAGAGCGGGCUUGUGAAUUAGUCGUUGAGGCUGUAAGGGGAGAGGGAAAGUGUGCUGGGAAGAAGUUGCCAUUGAAGUUGCCUGUUGGCCCAGAUGCAUUUCAGGUCAUAAGGGAAGAUUGUUUGGCUAGGUUGAAGGUCUGCGAGGAGUGGGAGGGGAUUACUACUGAGACUAAUCUUGUGGAGUGA